AUGUACAUAUUUUACUACAUUAAUGCAUAUGUUUACUUCUGAAAAGUUACUGUCGUCAAUCGAGUUUCAAAAUAUCAUCGAGGACGUUUUAUUUUGCCUUCAUUCCCCAUUCACAUAUUAAUGAGAGCACCAAUGUUUUUCCCUCAACAUACGCAUACGUAGUACAAGCUUACUUCCGGGACUUCACAAGCUUAGUUUAGCCAAAGAGAUUCGAAUCUCUUUGGUUUUGCUCAGAGACUGUAAAAAAUAGGUUUAGCUCUAUCGGAUAACUGAAAGCGGGCCUAUCUAGAUAUAUAUGCAUGUCUAUGGUUUGUGGGUGAAGUGUCAUGGCGGCGCCCAUGUCUGAAAGCUGGAGUUGGUUUCUCGCUCUGGCAUUUGGAGUCUCCCUUCUGAAAUUCCUGCUGAUAAACACAUAUCAUUCCACUGAUUUUGAGGUACACAGGAACUGGUUAGCUGUCACGCACAGUUUACCAGUUUCGCAGUGGUAUUUUGAGGAAACCUCAGAAUGGACCUUGGAUUAUCCUCCUCUGUUCGCUUGGUUUGAAUAUGGACUGUCUCACAUUGCUAAGUAUUUUGACAAAGACAUGCUGGUAGUGCAGCAUCUAAAUUACGCCAGUCCUGCCACCAUUCUCUUUCAACGACUCUCUGUGAUUUUUGCUGAUGUUGUCUUCAUUUAUGCUGUGAAAGAGUGCUGCAGGUGUGUGAAAGGGAGCAGGGGAUCCAGGGACCUUUUCGGAAAGCCCUCCUUUGUACUAGCUGGGCUGCUACUCUGGAACUUUGGACUCCUUAUCGUUGACCAUAUUCAUUUCCAGUACAAUGGGUUCUUGUUUGGUGUUCUGCUUCUUUCUGUAGCAAGACACUUCCAGGGCAGACACUUCGAAGGAGCUCUACUCUUUGCUCUCCUCUUAAACCUGAAGCAUAUUUACCUAUACAUUGCACCUGCCUAUGGUAUCUACCUACUGAGGUCCUACUGCUUCACCAAAGACAGUCCAGACGGGUCUUUAAAUUGGAGGAGUUUCAGUCUUUUCCGGUUAGCAGCACUGGGAGUAAUUGUAUGCUCUGUGUUCGCGCUGUCAUUUGGACCUUUCAUUUUGUUGGGCCAGCUUCCUCAGGUUUUGUCCAGGCUGUUCCCCUUCAAAAGAGGACUAUGUCACGCCUACUGGGCACCCAACUUCUGGGCACUGUACAACAUGGCAGAUAAAGCGCUGUCCAUUCUGGGUGUAAAACUAAAGCUAUUUGAUGUCAACAGACUUCCUAAGGCCUCAAUGACAGGUGGCCUUGUCCAAGAAUUUCAACAUUCUGUGCUCCCUUCCAUCUCUCCUUUAGCAACACUGAUUUGUACUCUGAUAUCAAUACUUCCUGCCGUUGUUAGACUUUGGUUCCGGCCCUCUGGGGCUCGAGGUUUUCUGCAGUGUGUCACCAUCUGUGCGUUAGGGUCUUUCAUGUUCGGAUGGCACGUGCAUGAAAAGGCUGUUCUACUGGCAAUACUUCCAUUAAGUUUAAUGGCAGUAGAGAGAAAAGAGGAUGCUGGCAUAUUUCUGAUCUUGGCGACCACAGGUCAUUCCUCUCUGUUUCCGCUGCUCUUCACCGCGCCAGAAUUGCCCAUCAAAAUUCUGCUCAUGCUGAUGUUUUCACUGUUCAGUUUUACUUCAUUAAAGGCGCUUUUCAGACAUGAAGGCAGAUUGAUUAGCAUUCCGGAGGCAGUUUAUCUCAUAGGCUUGAUUCCUCUGGAGGUUUUCUGUGAGUUUGUUUACCCCUGGACCACAUGGCAACAAUCCUUUCCAUUCAUCCCCUUGCUGGCGACGUCUGUGUACUGCGCCCUUGGGGUCUCCUACUCUUUCAUCAAGCUCAACCUGUCAUUGCUUAGGACAGAAAAGCCCGGAAAAGACAAAUCUCAGUGAGGGGACAGAGAGCGUCUGUGGGCAACAGAAAGUCGACUGUGGCCGGCAGCCGCGCAGGGCGGCACGCGAUUGGCUCUUGUGUUGCUCAGGGAUGGGAAGGUUUCGGUUGGCCUGGAUGAACGCAUCUCAUCACGCACCAUUGACCCCCGCUGGCGUCUGCCUGUUUGCUUUGCAUGAAGUCUCUUCCUCAAGCUCCUGUCUGUGUGGGACCAACUCGUAAAACUGCAGUGUGAUUAGAAGUGGUGGCCGACCUCACUUGCUGUGGUGGAGAGCAUAUGCCUGUACGCGUUC